AUGGAAAUCACAUUAAUUCCCGAUACAAUAACCACAAUCGCCACCAAUUACACCCACACCUUAGGCUCAUCCUUUUCCAAUUUCCCCAAUUCCGAUCAAAACCACCAAAUCUCCGCCGUUAUGUUUCCGAUCGACGCCAUAGCUCCGCCGGUUGCUAAGCCUAGAACAUCCGCACCGCCCAAGACACUUGCUAGGAAACGAUGCCGUGUUAAACGCAGCUCCAAAAUCGACAACGGAGGCGGCGGUGAGUAUGCCGAUGAAUACGAUGGUGGAUUCUUCGACGGCGGGGAUGGUCCGUUCGGCGGUGGUGGCGGCGGCGGUGGUGAUGGAUUUAAUUGGGAUGAAUCGGUUUCGCCGUCUGAUCCGGCAUUUGAUUUUGUUUACGGCGUGCUGUGUUGGAUUGUGUUUUCGAAUUGUUUGCAUUUUGCGUUUAAGAAAGUCAUCAGGAUUUUAACUGAUUCUCCUUCUGAUCGAGACAAGGUUCCUAUUUGCUAA